AUGUUCACCCCGAAAGCUCUCCUUUUAGCUAUUCUCCUGCUGGCAGCUGAGACGUUUGCCGCGAGGAUUAACUACAGCGCUAAGUAUACUGACGGAAGAGAGAUCAGGCAUACCCAAAAGCUGGGAACCAUUCCAGACGACAAGGUCCAAGACAUUAUCCAGCACAUGAGGACGUGGUCUAACAACCAGUAUGAUGCUAGGAUAUCUGCGCACAAUAUGGUUAUCGUUUCGAAUACUGCACCGGCCAGCUCGAAGAGCGCUGCUAGCGCUCAUGUCCAACAGAUGCAGAGCAUCGCCAAUCGCCAUAUUCUUCAUUAG